CCCCUUUCUUAUUUCAUCCUCUGCUCUGCUGCUUCACUACCUUCGUGGUUUCUUUCUCUUUCAGUUCUCAAAAAAAAAAAAAAAAAACAAAAAGAGAGUGAAAUUCGAGUCCUUUAACUGUUGUGAUCAUAUUUGAGCUGUUAUAUUGUGAUUCUUGGCAACGUUCAAGCCUGGUUCCGUGGUUUUUUUCCUGAAAGCUUCUGGCUCUCAGAUUUCAGAUUUUAGGAGUCUAUGCAAGAGAGGUAGAGAGAGAAUGAGGGAGGAGGUGCUUCUUACAGUUGAAGAUAUUUGGUAGCGAGUCUUCUUUGCCUUUCCUCCAAGUUCUUUUUCUUGAUUAAUUGUGAAUACAACAUACGCGAGGGAGAGAGAGAAGAGAGGUUAGAGAGAGAGUCAAUUUGCAAUAGGUUGAAGUGGGUUGCCUCAGAUCCAGGGAACUCAAGUAGUAAGAGGAAAAGGGUAAUAUCUUUUUAGGGUUGCCCUGUGAUUCUUGGGACUUCUACCCUUUUCUUGGUUCACUUUCUCAUGACCCUUUCACUUUCUCUCUGUUUGGAGAAAAGGGGUUGGUUUCAACUAUCGGGUUUUGCUUUGCAAUCCUUGUUUCGAGGAUUUCAAACCAUCUUUUCUUUUCUGGUUAUUUCGCUUUCACUGUAGUUGAUGGAUGUGGAUAAAGAAGACUCCAGAGAAGGGCAAGUUGUAAGGCUUUAUUAGAGGUCUGCCGUACCUGUCUGGUUUAAAUUCUCUACGGGGCCAGAUUAUGCUUGCCGUUUUGCAUUUCUCAACACUUUUCACCAACUUCAAUGUCGGCAAGCAUGGAGUAGCAACUUCUCCGGUGUUGGCUCUUGGGCAUGGAAAAUGGACAAUUGAAUGGUGCAAAUUGUCUUUCUGAAUAUUUCUUAGAGAGUGAUGGAGUUGAUGAUUUAGUUGAAAAAUGGAAGGUUGUUUGCUUUCUGAGGGGUUUGAGGGCGACUUUUUCUUUGUUCGGGUGAAGGAUUUUGAUGUAGGAGAUGUCUCUGGUGGAUUUGGUGCUGUGUAGAGUAGAUAAUUCAGGCUCUGAUCAUAUAAGAAGGGUAAGCCAGGUGGAUUUGUCAAGGUUAAAUUUGAUGGCAAAUACUUCGGAUUCACUAUCCGAUUCUGUGAUGAAGGAUACAACAGAGGUGGUUUCUGGCGAAGAAGAUGACUCUAGCUGUGGUGAUUUGGAUAAUGAGGUUAGGAUUGUAGCAGUGUCAGUUCCGGCAGAGGAAAAAAGCAAUGAAAUACCUUUGCUGGAUAUGAUAACUGACGACAAAACUGACUGGAUUGCUACUGGUGAUGUGAUAGCCCAAGAAAGUGAAGAUGAUUCCUUAUCAUUGGAGGGUGAUCGAUUCCUUGAUAGCUCGUGUUCUCUUUCAGUGACAAGUGAGACUAGUAGCUUAUGUGCAGAGGAUUUCCUAAUUGUAGAUGCUAAUUCUGAAAUAGAAACACCUAGGUGCUUAGAUGUUGAGAAGAGUAUUUGCAGUGUCGAAAUUCUUGCCAAGGCGCCUGACGUGGAGGAGUUGAAUGUUGAGAGAGAGAUGACCAAUGGACCUCUCUCUGUUGCAGGGAGCCUCGAGGAAGAUAUCAGGAACAGUUUGAGUUCCCAAUCUUCCGCUGUUGUAGUUCAGUUGCCCUUAGGCAAACAAGUGAGUGCGACUGUUGGCCGAAGUGUUUUUGAGGUGGAAUAUGUACCCCUUUGGGGAUUCACUUCGCUGUGCGGCAGGAGACCUGAGAUGGAAGAUGCGGUCGCAAUUGUGCCUCAGUUUCUAAAAAUUCCUAUCCAGAUGCUGGUUGGUGGUCCAGCCCUUGAUGGCAUCAGUGAUUUUGUGAGUCAGCAGACUGCUCAUUUCUUCGGAGUCUAUGAUGGACAUGGAGGUUUGCAGGUUGCAAAUUACUGUCGAGAGCAUCUUCAUUUAGCAUUGGCCGUGGAAAUAGAGUAUUUCAGGGAUCGCUUAACUAAUGCCAAUUUUAUGGACGGUUGCCAAGAAUUAUGGAGGAAGGCAUUUACAAAUUGCUUUGUUAAGGUUGAUGCGGAAGUCAGCGGCAAAGCUAGCGCUGAACCCGUUGCCCCAGAGACAGUCGGCUCUACUGCUGUCGUUGCCAUAAUCUGUUCAUCACAUAUUGUUGUGGCAAAUUGUGGAGAUUCCAGAGCAGUUCUUUAUCGUGGAAAAGAACCCAUUGCACUGUCAGUGGAUCAUAAGCCAAAUCGGGAAGAUGAAUAUGCUAGGAUCGAAGCAGCUGGAGGAAAGGUGAUCCAGUGGAAUGGUCAUCGCGUCUUUGGUGUUCUGGCAAUGUCAAGGUCUAUUGGUGAUAGAUACCUGAAACCUUGGAUCAUCCCUGAACCAGAAGUCAUGUUCGUUCCCCGAUCAAGGGAAGAUGAAUGCCUUGUUUUGGCAAGUGAUGGUUUAUGGGAUGUGAUGACAAAUGAGGAGGUAUGUGAUUUGGCUCGAAAGAGAUUACUUCUAUGGCACAAGAAGAAUGGGGUCACGCAUCUUCCCAAUAGGGGCGAGGUGAUGGACCCCGCAGCUCAAGCGGCAGCUGAGUACCUUUCCAAAUGUGCUCUCCAAAGGGGAAGCAAGGACAACAUCACCGUGGUUGUUGUAGAUUUGAAAGCUCAACGGAAGUUCAAGAGCAAGACAUGAUUUGUAUACUGGCUUCUUAAUAGCGAUUCUUGUUCUUUGACUGUAGUAUAUAAAGCUGCGUAAGGUCGGAUAAGAUUAGCCCCUAUGUUUUUACCCCAGGGCUCUACGAUUUACGAGAGUAUCGUUCUUAAUGUACCAUGGGAACAUGCUCCCUUGUUACGCACUGCCUAUUACUGGCUUCUGUACAUGGCAGGUAUAUUGCUUGUAGUGACUGAGAUCGUGGUGACCUCGCAGCUGUUUUGACAUCACGAGCAAUUUAAUUCCUCAUAGUCGGGUA